AUGUAUGCAAUCAACAGUCCUUCCAAUAGCGCCGUUCUAAAUACAGCCAUCUCCAGAGGAGACUUCCCCCGAUGGCGCCGACCACACCAUACUACACUAGAACACUGCACUAUGAAUCCACCUAUAGAACACCAUCACACAUAUACGUUCCCGAAUGAUAACGCGGCCAAACAAAAAAAAACGGGGGUCCUAAGAAGGUCGUGGUAUUUUUUUGUUGAGAGUUGGCAACGCCGCGCCGGUGGCCGGACGGACGCGCGUUCAGUCCGCGCGGCUCUCAUUGGCCGAGUGAGGCGGCGGCCAUCGCGGCGCGCCACGCGCUCGUCCAAUCGCGCCUCGUCCCGCUCGCCCCGCCCACAUCCUGGCGUCCUGUUGAAUGAGCGCCGCGGCAGUCGCGCUCGGGACGUCGCACGAGUCACACGCCCCGGAACAUGUCACAUGUCGAGUGUUUGUGCUCUACUGACACCGAUAAGA